AUGAAAACGGCGUCGAGGUGGACGGCGACGGUGUUGGCCGCAGCGGCCGUCUUCUUUCUCGUCGUCGAUGGCCGUCCCAAUCAAGUGGUGACACCUACCGAGCACAGCGUCAACUCGCCUUUCGUACGACGUCGUUCGUCCGGAAUCAGCCGACGGAGCACGACGACGCCCGACAUUCUCCGGCAACAUCUCAAACAGGCUUUGUCUAAAUGCAAUUCACGCGAGCCUCCUCCUACGCAGAAAAUUCUACUCAAAGACAAAAAUGCAGUCUGCAAUGAUGGAUCUCCCGCUGGGUACUUUAUCCGCAAAUCGUACGGCAGCAAACGUUGGAUCGUUUUUCUUGAAGGUGGUUGGUAUUGUUACGACAAGCGCAGUUGCGAAUCGCGUUGGAGUCGCCUGCGAGGCUUCAUGACCUCCAACAUGUGGCCCGAUACUCGUCAAGUUAGCGGCAUUUUGUCGCCAGAUCCGGAAGAGAAUCCCUAUUGGUGGAACGCAAACCACGUGUACGUACCGUAUUGUUCCAGCGACUCAUGGAGUGGAUCGUCCCCAGCUGGGGCCACAUCCCGUUUCGCUUUCAUGGGUUCGGUCAUCAUCCAAGAAGUGCUGCGUGACUUGCUGUCCCAGGGUCUCCUGAACGCUUCCAAAUUGAUGCUAACAGGCAGCAGUGCCGGAGGGACGGGCGUGAUGCUGAACCUGGACAGGGCCACGGACUUCCUGCGAACGCAAGGCUCAACAGCUGAGGUUCGUGGUGUCACCGACUCCGGUUGGUUCCUGGACAACGUGCCCUACGCACCGGCUGACUGCCAGGAUCCGCAGCGCUGCGCACCGACCACGGCCGUCCAGAUGGGCCACACCUUGUGGAAUGGCCAGGUGCCAUCGGCUUGCAAAGGCCAGUACGCUGCGCAGCCUUGGCGCUGCUAUUUCGGCCACCACCUUCAUCGGACAUUGAAAACGCCGUUGUUCAUUUUCCAGUGGCUGUUUGACGAGGCUCAAAUGCUGGCCGAUAACGUCGGUCCCCCCAUGUCCAAAGAACAAUGGGAUUACAUUCACGCCGUUGGUGAUGACUUGCGGCGCACCUUCGCCAAUGUCUCGGCAGUGUUCUCACCGUCAUGCAUAUCGCACACGGUACUAACGAAACGGGAUUGGCAAUCCAUCCGCAUCGGAGACAUUUCACUGCCCCAAGCUCUGCGCUGUUGGGAACUUCAACCUUACUGGUCCGUCUCGAAUCAUUUGACGCCAAACGGACAUCACCAUCAUCGGCAUCAUCACCGACCUCAGACAAGUGAAGACGGCGAGAACGAACAGCAGAAUCUUGCGGCUCAUUCUGUCCAGCAUUCACUCAGACACGGUCACAAGCGAUACAAGGCCGCCAAUGUCGAAUCCAAUCCCAUCGUUUUAUUGGCCGAUGAUCCCGAGAUGCCGGCAAACGCUGUGACGGUCAAACCAGCCAAAAAUCUGGUCCGUUCCGGCCAACGGGCUCCUGGCAGCGAAUUGGUUGUCGGUACGGCUAACACGACGCUCAUUCCUAACGGAAGGCAUCCGAAUCGUAAUGGAACGCGUAAGAAUAAAGAGGAAAGAAAGAAGGCAGCAGGAGGUCGUAAACGUGGCAAGAAGGCCGGUGAGAAUAAACGAAACACUAAAGGGAAUGUCGGGCCCAACAGCGGAGCCGGAUUCGUUACGCCAGCCGGAAAAUCAGGUCGCAAAAGACAACAACAGCAGCAGCAGCAACAACAACAACAACAGAAAGGCCAUAAAGAAAGUGCGAGCAAUCACAGCAGUCACCGCAGAAAUAAUCACAACAACAAAGACAAGAAGCGCAAAAAAGACAAGAGCCAGACAAAGGAUGAAACGACGACGCGUCCGAGGAGAGAAGCUGCUGCAAUUGUGGUAGAUCCUACACCGGCGUCAGCACCUGAAUUUUGCCAACACCGGCUGGUUGAUCGGUGCACGUGGCCUCAGUGCAAUCGGGUGUGUCCUAAACUUCACAAUCCAUUCACCGGUGAGGAAAUGGAUUUCAUCCAGCUGCUCAAAUCUUUCGGGCUCGAUAUGAGUAGCGUGGCCAACGCCCUUGGCAUCGAUAUGCACACGCUCAACAAUAUGGAUCACGAUGUGUUGCUCCAUUUAUUGACACAGCAAACCAACUAGACAAUUUUUUUUUUAGCGACAAAAAACGGAAAAGAUCUUUUUUUUUUUUUUAUUAUUUCAUUUUUUCCUACCAAAACUACGACGCCCCCCACACACAACGAUAUAUAUAUAUUAUACAUACAGGCCUAUAUGCAUUUGUUUGUAUUGUUUCUAAUAUUUGUUUAUUUUUAUUUUUUUUAUUUUGUGAAUUAUUAUUAUUAUAACUACAAAAAUUAGUCCCUCUCCCGGCUUACAAAUUCCCACAAAAGAAUUUCUUUAAAAAACAAAUGAAAAAAAAAAACAAACAAAAAAAAAAAACAAAACAAAAAAAAAACAAAAGGAAACAUGUUGAUUCCUGCUUGCCUACCUGAAAGCCAGCAAGCCGUGCUGUACAUUGACUGGUCAAUGUUUGGUCAGUUCAAUCCAACAGAUUUUGUAUGCAAAAAAAAAAAAAAAAAAAAAAAGGUUGAAUUUGAAUAAUUAUGUCAUGUUAUAAUGUCAAGAGGAUUCAGAAGCGGAUAAAGAAAGCAAACCUCCUGCAGCGAAAGAAAAGGAGAACGAACAAACCAAACCGGAAACAUCAACACACACAACAACAACAACCCCUCUGUAGAUCUCAGGAAUUUUUAAACGAAAACCACAAACCAACCAACAGCCUACAAAACAAAAGAGGAAGUGAUGAAUUAAAAAAAAAAAAAAACGACCCUGAUUCAUCAACUUCCUACAUCUCAUUCCUCCCCCCCAACAACCUGCUCCAAUCAUCUGCAAACAUCAUUUGUCGCCUGAAAGAAAUCGCCAACAUUGUUGACCACUCGCCCCUCUUCUUUUAAUUAUUAUUAUUUUUUAAAUAUCAAAAAAGUGUAAAAAUUUUGUAUCAUAUAUAAUCCAGACAAGCCCAGUGUGUUGCGAUGUGCGUUGAUUGAUUGUACGAUGUGUUCGGUCUAGCGCUGCCCUUGCAGCGCAAUUGCAAUUUGCGAACGUGUAAACUGUUAAUGCGUGUGUGUGCGUAAUAUUAAAUAGUGCGUGUAUGUUGCGUGUGUGCAGACAGUAUAACAGUUAUACGUCUUAUAUUCGUUGAUUAGGUAAUUUUUUUGCUAUAUUUUCUUGCCUGUGAAUUUGACUCCAAUUUUUGUUUUGUUCUGUGAAAGAAAAGAAAAUACGAGAAAUAACACGA